UAUUAUCAUAAGUAAAGUUUUGAAAUAUCACGGAUGGAUACAUUAAGACGACAGUGGGAUUGCUUGAAACGCCAUGUACCUACGGACAGAACAAUCUACGUGGACAACAAACCCUCGCCCAGCGAGAGCCCAGAGGUGGCGAUACAUCAACAUCAGCAUUACCCCAAUAACAGAGUGGUCUCGUCAAAGUACACAGUUUGGAACUUCAUACCAAAGAAUUUAUUUGAACAAUUCCGAAGAAUUGCCAACUUUUAUUUCCUGUGUGUGGGAGUUAUCCAGUUGAUAAUAGACAGUCCGGUGAGUCCCGCCACCAGUAUAGCCCCUCUUGUGUUUGUUGUAUCUGUCACAGCCAUCAAACAGGGUUAUGAGGACUGGCUGCGACAUAAAGCAGAUAAUGAGGUCAACAAUAGAAAAGCGUUCAUUGUUCACAACGGCAAGCUCACUCAAGUUAAGGCACAGAACAUCAAAGUGGGAGACAUAGUGAAAGUGAAACUAAAUCAAGGUUUUCCAUGUGAUUUGGUAAUGCUAUCCUCCUAUGAUCCAGAGGGGAAGUGUUAUGUCCAAACAGCUAACUUAGAUGGAGAGACCAAUCUUAAGACCCACUUUUGUGUUCCUGAGACCAGAGAGUUCCAGAUGGAGAGUGAUUUUAAUGGUCUCUGUGCCACCAUUGAGUGCCAGCAGCCUAUUGCAGAUCUCUAUAAAUUUGUUGGUCGUAUAACUAUCUUCAAUAAUAAUUCAGAGAGUGUUCUGAAAUCUUUGGGACCAGAAAAUAUCUUACUCAGGGGAGCCCGACUCAAAAAUACACCUUUUAUUUAUGGUUGUGCAAUUUACACAGGUCCAGAUACCAAAAUGGCUUUGAAUUCCAAAGCUAAAAUAACCAAAUUUUCUAGAGUUGAAAGGGGUAUGAAUAAUUACCUAAUCAUAUUCCUAGUGAUAUUAUUAUUAGAAGCACUAGUGAGUACGGUUUUAGCAUACUGGUAUAUGAACCAAGACAAGAUUGGGGACCCCUGGUAUAUACCUGGAGCCAAACAAAGCCUAAAUGCUAAAAAUGUGAUAUCAGAUUUCCUGUCCUUCAUGAUCCUAUACAACUAUAUCAUUCCUAUUUCUUUGUAUGUAACUGUAGAAGUACAGAAGUUUGUGGGCUCCCUGUUUUUGCAGUGGGACUUGGAGAUGUAUGAUGAAGACUCAGACUCAGCCACUCAGGCUAAUACCUCUGACCUUAAUGAAGAGCUCGGACAGGUUGAGUACUUGUUUACUGAUAAGACAGGCACUCUAACGGAGAAUGAUAUGCAGUUCCGACAGUGUUCAAUCAAUGCAAUUAAAUAUGAAGAAGUCGGAGGGCAUUUACAUGAAAUGGCUACUCAAGGAGGACAGAGCACACCUGUUCUUCGACUUACACCCGAGAUAGAGGAAUUUCUGGAGUUACUUGCCCUUUGUCACACUGUAAGGGUGGACCACCAUGAGGCCACACAGACGGGGGCAUCGGCCCUCUAUAGUCACACAGGGAUGGAGUAUGAAUAUCAGUCUUCCUCUCCUGAUGAGAAAGCUUUUGUGGAGGCCUGUUGCAGGUAUGGGGUUGUGUUCCAUGGUACAAGAGAUGACCAUUUGGAGGUAACAUUCCAUGGGGAGAUGAGGCGAUACAAACUGCUUCAUGUUCUGGAGUUUGACGCCACAAGGAAGAGGAUGAGUGUCAUUGUCCAGAGAGAAAAUGAUGAAAUUGUGCUAUUGUGUAAAGGGGCUGAGACGGCAGUCCUAAAGCUGGGAAUAUCAGGGGAGAUUGAAAAGACCAAUCAACACAUACAUGACUAUGCUGUGCUUGGUCUAAGAACAUUGGCCAUAGGGAAAAGGGUUUUUACACCAAAAGAAUAUGAAAAGGUGGAUACCAUAUUGACUGAGGCUAGGAAUGCAAUGGAUAAACGAGAAGAAAAGUUGGAGGAAGCUUUCCAGGCUAUAGAGAGAGACCUCCACAUACUGGGCGCCACCGCUGUGGAAGACAGACUUCAGGAUGGUGUCCCAGAAACCAUCACCACUCUACGCAGAGCUGGCAUAAAGGUUUGGGUGUUAACUGGUGACAAGGAAGAAACUGCAGUCAACAUCAGUUACUCUGCUGGCCACAUUCAUGAUGGAAUGGAGGAACUACGACUGACAAAAGCCACGUGUACUGAUCACACAACAUGUGGGGAGGAGAUCACAAGAAAUAUCCACAGAUGUCAAGUUCUGAAUUCCUCCAAUCAGCAAUUUGUGUUGAUCGUAGAUGGCUUCAGUCUGACCUUUGCCCUUGGAGAGCAUAGUGAAGUGUUCCGAGAACUCUGUCAAAUGUGUGGUGCAGUUUUAUGCUGUAGAAUGUCUCCAUUACAGAAAGCUGAGGUUGUGAAGCUGAUGAAGAUUGCCAAGCACACCCCAGUGACGGCAGCCAUUGGAGAUGGUGCUAAUGAUGUCAGCAUGAUUCAGGAGGCCCAUGUCGGAUUAGGAAUCAUGGGAAAAGAAGGAAGACAGGCUGUUCGUAACAGCGACUAUGCAUUUGCCAAGUUCCGGUUUCUACAACGACUUCUUCUCGUCCAUGGCCAUUAUUUUUACUACCGACUUGCAACUCUAGUCCAAUAUUUCUUUUAUAAAAAUGUAGCCUUUAUCACCAUGCAGUUAUUCUUUGCUUUUUAUUCAUCAUUUUCACAACAGUCCCUGCUGGCGAGUUUUCAUCUCAUGUUUUAUAACAUCACCAUGACUUCACUGCCAAUCUUCAUCUACAGCCUGUUUGAGCAGCACAUAUCACAACGAGAUCUCAUUGAAAAACCUCACUUAUACAAAGAAAUUACAAAAAAUAGAAUGUUAAACAAGAGAAAUUUCCUUAAAUGGAAUGCAUUAGGAUUAUGGCAUGUUUUUGUGUUUUUCUUUGGUGUUGUGUUUUUGUUUGGAAGCGAUGUUCCAUUGUGGCCAAAUGGACAGAUGAUGGGUAUUUGGAGUUUUGGCACAAUAGCUUACACAGUCUGUGUUAUUACAGUUAAUCUAAAGUUGUGUUUAGAGACCUAUUUCUGGCCUCUUCCUAUGUUCAUGGCUUAUGUCAUAACAGGUGUUGGCAACGUCAGCAUGACUCUUGUCUACACAAUGAUUUUCUGGCCACCCCUGAUACAAACCCUGCAGGAUUAUUAUAAAGUGUACACCACUAGUCUCGGAUGUGGGACAGUGUGGUUCUGUAUAGUGGUGCUAGCAGUCAUAGCUCUCUUUCCUGACAUCAUUAUUCGAGUGGCUCGAGACACAGGCCAAAAGAUCUCAGAGUCUACCAAGAGAAGGUGGAAAUGUUCAUGGUUCAUGUGUUUACCUUUCAUCUUUGGUAAAAGAGUCCACUCUGAGUCUUCGGUACCUUUACAACCCCUUUCCUCUCACUGCACACAGAAGUUCAUCACAGACCAUGUAGCUGACAAUGGGUCACCUGUUAUAAAAGCUCGCUCAAUUACAAAGACACGUCUAUGAUUCGUAAAUUACUGUGCAUUUCAUACAUUAUACUGUAAAGUGGUGCUGAAUUGAAGACAAUUACACAAUGUGUGUCAAUCUCUAUUUUCAUGAAAGUACUUAUAUUUAUUUUGUAAAAUCAAUGUUAUACACUGUCAAAGUGCCAUUAAUGAUUUUUUUUCCCCAUAUACCAAAUGUAAGCAUGUCUCUUCAGGGCUAUUUUUGUACUGGUGUUAUACAAUUAUACAUUCAAAAAACACAUUUUCUACACACAAUGUAUAUUAUUCAUAUUUGAAAUAUUGUUUAAUUUGAAUUUGUGUCAUCUUUUAUGUUAUGAUUAGCUUUAGAUGCAAUCUGUCCUAGGGAUAUUUGAAGCUAUAUAUGGCGUAUCUGAGCUAAAAAAUAAAAACACGAGAUUGAGUGUAGAUAAACAUGAUAUAUGUUUUUUACGUUCAAAUUAAAUUUCACCGAUUUUGAAGUUGAAUAACCUCAUGUUUUCACAGUCAAAUUGACUUUAAACUGUGUCUAUUAUUUAAUUGCGGAGUCGGUAAACAAAUUGGUUAUUGUUUUAAAUUUCUAAUAUCUUUGAAAUGUGAUUGAUUUAGAUUGUUUAAUUUACAGGAAAGUCCUAUCUUUAUAUAAAGUAAUAAAACAAAUAGAAAAAUUUUUAAAAUUUUAAUUAGUCUGAACUUAUAAAAAAUAUGUCACAUAUGACUUUAAAUUAACUUUUUAAAGUGGUCAGUGGUAUGUGGCAGAAAAAAAAAAUUAACAACACCUUGAAAAACUUGAGCUUAAAGAACUGCUAUAUUAUUUCUCAUAAAUAUUAAGUUUUUUUUUUUAAGUCAAUUAAAAAUGUAGCGCAUUGACAAGACAGAUUUUGGGACUGUUUGAGAAACACAGCUUUUAGGAAUGAUUUGACUUUUUACAAUCAAACAAAGCAUGAGGUUUGGUUGUUCUCUCAGCAAAAAUCUCAGCAUUAUUCUAUUGUAACAUUGAACUCUAUUUCUGAAGUAUUAAUUACUAAAUUUAUGAUAAAGUGUACUUGACUGCAUGUGUUGAAUAUUUUAUUAGAGUGUCUUAAUGUUUAAAUAUUUGAUUGUGUUUUCUUUAUUACAAAUUUUGUUUUCUUUAUUCAUGAAAACCAGGACAUGGAUAUAUUUUAAUGUGAUGAGUGUAUAUCAUGUUGUGUUAAUGAAUUCUUUGCUGUAAGAUUUUGAAAUCUUAUAUUUAAUCAUAUCUUAUCAAAUCUUAAUUGUGGUCUGUGAUAUAUCUAAAUAAUUGUGAUCUAUUAAAAGCGUUACAUGUACUUAGGAUAUAACAUGUACAAUUUAAAAGUUGUAAAGAUUGAAUAAUUUUUUAGUUUUUCAAAAAACGAGAACUUUUCCCCUUUAAUUGUUAAA